AUGGGGAUUUCAAAGUUACAGAGAAUGAUAGAUGAUUUGUGUCUCUGUGAAGAGGUUAAAGUAGAAAAAACAGGUCUCAUCAUUGAUGGUGCAGCUCUUUAUUAUUGUUUGUAUUAUAACUCUGAUCCAAAGCUGGACCAGCGCUGUGGAGGAGAUUAUCCUGGAUUUAAAGAUGAUGUCUGUAAGUUCUUUGAAGCUUUGCAGGACUGUGAAAUCACUCCAUACGUCAUCUUGGAUGGAGCUGCAGGAUCAGAGAAGCAGAAAAGUCUUCAUUCGCGUCUAAAGCAUAGACUAGAAAAUGCAAAGACAAUAGCAAAGAGUGAGCCUGACGCUGUGCCAAAAGGAUGUAACGUCUUACCACCUCUGGUCAAAGAUGUCUUCAUAGAAAUCUUGAAGGAGAAAGACAUAGAGUUUAAACAGUGUUUAGGAGAGGCUGACCCUGAAGUUUUUUCUGCUGCAAAUCAGAAACAAUGUGCUGUGCUGUCCCAUGACGCAGAUUUCUGCAUCUAUGAUGUGCACAAAGGUUUCCUUCAUCUUGACAACUUUGAAUGGAAAAGAAAGAAGGAUGGCAAAAUUCCUGCUAAGCUCUACACAGGUUCAAAGUUUUGUGAGCAUUUUAAAUUAGACCCUGCUCUCAUGCCAGUCUUUGCUUCAAUAGCAGGAAAUGAUUAUUCAAUAUUAGAAGAUAGGGUUGAGCGUGGAGAACUCACCACUUUUGUCAUAAGUGUUGUGGAUCAGAAGACUAUGAUGCUGCCUGCUCUUGUGGAGGACUUUUCACAGCACAGUAGUUACACAACUGCUUACCCCAUCAGACAGUACUUCUAUGGACUGUUAACUGGAGGUCAGAUGUGCACUGAAUAUGACAGGGAUAGAGAAGAGAUCAAAGACAAACGUGUCCCAUCCAUAGGGAAACAACUGCAACUAGAGCAUCUGCAUAAGGCUCCUGAGGGUUUGCGUCGCAGAGUGUUUGAAGAAGCUCUGCAGGUUCAGACUUCAGCCUUAGAAAACAUCCCCGACCAGCUGAAGCUGCCAGUCUGUGUGACUGUUUUCUGGUUCAAGAGGCUACAACACCACCCAAAACCUGAAACUGUCCACUGCCUCCACGCCCUCCUGCUGGGGUUUGUGUGUGAUCGUGAUGGUCCAGAGGACGAGUUUGAGAGGAAGAUGAAAACUUUAAAGGAUGCAGCUAUCAGGAGGAAAUGGCAGCCCCGUGUGGCUCAUGCUUUCAGCCAAUGGCUGUGCUGCAUGAGGCAGAGCCUCCACCUGAACCAGCUGCUGUGUUCCCCUCUACCAGAACCUCAGUGUGCCCGGCUUUACUGUGGACCUCUCCUUCAUCGGCUGGCAGAUGAAGAGACGUUUGAAAAACUACUGAAAACACUGAGAGGAGAAAAGAAGAAAUUAUAUCAGGAUUUAAAGACCAUUUUUCAUCUACUCGCACGGAAAAAAACUCUGGUUAUCGGCGACUGUGUUCUUGAAGAUGUGGACCCAGAGAUUCCAGCAACUACACUCACAUACAGAUCAGGGGCCACAGCAGGCGACAUUGAGGCUAAACUGAAACUCCUGGCUCAGGAUGAACAUAGAUUUGAUAAAAUUGUAAUUCAUGUCAGCAAUAACGACAUCCAGAAUCAUCAACUGGAGGUCAUAAAACCUAAAAUUGAGUCGGUGUGUAACUUUGCAAAAACGAUGUCGGAUUCUGUAGGUUUCUCUGGUCCCCUCCCCAGUCGAACCAAUGCUCACAUCAUUAGAAGCCUGUCAUCGUUUAACUGCUGGCUGUCUAACUGGUGUCCAGAAAACAAUGUGGGCUUCAUAAAUAACUGGAAAAUGUUUGGGUUAAAACCUGGUCUCAUUGAGAGCAACCACAUCUAUCCAACUCGCGAGGGUGCAGAUCUCAUUUCUAGAAACCUGGCCAAGUUUAUUCUGAGUUAA